AUGUCAAUGGAACAGGCGGACCAGGCGGACCAGGUGAUGGACCAGGUGACGGACCUGACGGGCCAGAUGACGGGCCAGAUGACGGGCCAGAUGAUGGGCCAGACGAUGGGCCAGAUGAUGGGCCAGAUGAUGGGCCAGAUGAUGGGCCAGGUUCUGGGCCAGGAGAUGGUCCUGGGCCAGGUGACGGACCCGGGUUUUGGGGAGAAGUCGAUCUCGUCCUCGGGCAAGACAACGUACACCUGGUCCGGCCAACUCGCGGCAUCACCAGGUCAAUACCGGCUUUGCUGGUGUGGAGGUGUUGGCGGGACCACUUGCGAGGACAACUUCGACAACUUCGCAACAGAUGUUGGCGCAAUCACGGUGCUGGGUCCAUACAGCAACCAGAGAUUCGCCUGCACAAAGGGUCACAUUUGCCGCAACCAGGGUCCUGUACUUGGUCUCGGGCUGACAGCCGAAGACCUUGUGCACAUCCGCGUAGCCUGCACUCUGGAUCAAGCGCAGUUUUUUGGGCUGAACUUGGAUGUCAGGGCAGCGAACAACACCGACAGUGGAGAGGUGGAGCUGUACCUGUCCUCGUCCUAUCCAGUUGUCCAGGCGUCCGCGGAGUAUGCCUUGUGCUGGUGCUCAUCUGUCGGCCAGAGCUGUGCCAGCAUGACAGUCGAAAACGUCGGUUCUGCCACAGACUACCUUGAAGCACAACUUGGCUGGUUCGAGGUUCACGGGCCGCCCACCGGAGAGGAGGCGGAGUGCGACCAGGGCCAGGGGUGCAUGGUUACCUUCAACGCCGAAAGCAUGGGUUUAUCGGGAGGUGACCGAAUUUCUGUGCUGGAACAAUGUGGUGAGGGAGAGUUUCUCGAAGGCUUGCCCUUUCCAGGGUAUGCAGAGACAACAGAGGGCACUGUUUAUAGCUUUAACAGCAAUGCAUCUGUGGAUGAGAACGGCAAAUACUUGAUGUCAUCACCGGGCAUUUUCCGGCUAUGCUGGUGUCGUCCAGAACCUUCGCUGUCCUUGUACUGUGACAGCGGGCUCGACUUCAAUGUUACAGUUGGCCUUUUCCGCUCCGUGGGACCCUAUGCUGGCCAGGAACUGCAUUGCGCCUUUGGAGCUUCGUGCCUUGUGACAAGCUUACGAGGUAUAGGCCUCUCCUCACAGAACCUUUUAUUGGCAGUGGCAGACUGUGGAAGUGCAAACACGACCAUCACUUUUCCUCAGCCACAGCCUGUUUCAUCCUCUUACAACACAGAUGGCAGCUAUUUCUGGAACCUCGGAGACUUGCAGCUCCAGGCUUCCAGGCCCGAACAGCUCUGGGUUUGCUGGUGUGCAGGUGGGUCAGCAUGUACCGAAGCUUCUGCCUUUCGUGUCUACGCCAUGGUGCUUUAUGUUGAAUGCCCUCCUGGCUGGUAUGAGCUGCAAAGUGCAACAGUUAUUUGUCACGAGUGCCCUCCGGGAUAUUACUGUGUCGGUGGCUAUCCGGCCGAGAUACAGAAAUGUCCUGCCGGAAUGACGAGUUUGCCUGGAGCCGGGAGUCUGGAGGAAUGCGUCUGCCGUCGCGGUUAUUUCUGGAACGGUCAGCUGGGCGCUUGCUUCGCUUGCCCUUACGGCGUUUUCCAGAAUGUAACAGGCAGGUUAACAGCCUGUGCCGAAGAGUGUCCGCCCCAGACUUCGUCAAACAGCGGGGCGGCCAGUAUUGCGGAAUGCUUUUGUGCCGGAAGUGCUGUAGAUGUUGACCCGACUCCGGAAGGCUUUGAUUGUGUGGAUUUGCUCGACCUGGCUGAUAACUUCAGUAACAGUUCAGCCUUCGCAGCCAGGCAAUCUGAUUUGUACACCUUCUCCGGAUCCGUGCAAGUGCUAGAUGCAUCGACUGAUGAGCUGCUUGAGAGCAUCAAGGCUGAAUUGUCCGAUCUACUGGAGUUGAAUGGUGCACGUGCGUCCUUCAGCUUGCAAGGGCGUCAGGCUGGAAAUUGGUACGUCGAUUACGAAGUCUUGAGCCCGGACGACGAGCUGGCGGAAAUCAUGAGAGGUAGACUGGAGCCUAUGUCCUUCUCUGCGUGGGUGUACUCCGACAUGGAAGGCACGGUGCUAGCAUCUGCAGUGGCUGGCAACGAAACGCUUGUGCAGCGCACAGUGCUUCAAUGCCCCGAAGGUUUGGGUAUCAAGGCAGGGUCCUAUGUGACCGGCUUGGCCGAUUGCCAGUGCCCACACGGGACACAGCCUGCCGUAUCUGGGAGCACAGGUUUGCUUUCCGGUUGCUCCAGUUGCCCUAUUGGUACAUACAAAUCCUUCGUUGGGGACUCGAGUUGUACUGCUUGCCCGUCAAAGGGGGAUCCUUUAACCACACUUCAGCAAGGUGCGAUCUCCUAUGCGGCUUGCACCUGCUCAGCUGGAUUCGUGAAUGUUGAUCCCGAGGAUCCUGCAGACUGCGCUCCCUGUGGCCAGGGCUUUUUCUGCACCGGAGGAAAGCACAGGCAGGCUUGUGGGUCGUCGCAGUCAACACAGGGCGACACUGCCAGCAGUCAGUCGGACUGCUUGUGCGAGGAGGGUUCCACAAGCACAGGCACCGGUACUUGUGAUGCAUGUUCGCCUGGCACGUUCAAGGAGGAGAUUGGGAACUCGCCCUGCAUGGAUUGCCCCGCAGGGACUUUUUCGGAAGAGGGGGCAGAUGAAUGUGAUUCCUGUGACGAAGGAACCUUUUCCACCGGUGGUGUGGGCAUGUGCGAGCCGUGCCCCGCCGGGCGGUAUUCUCCUGAUGAAGAAGCCACUUCCAUAGAGUCAUGUGUCAGGUGUGAGAUUGGCAAGUGGAGUGACGAAACUGGGGCCAAAGACGCACGCACAUGCGUGCAAUGCCCCGCCGGGUCCACGACUGUCCAGGCCGCUUCUCAAAAUGAAAGCUCUUGUGUCCGACCAUACCCAAACCAACUCGCUGAAUGCAUCUCUGGCAGAGCUUGCACUGUGGAGGGGAUCAUGGGUUUCGGCCUCCAAGACGGGCAUCGCAUGGGACUGGCUUCAACAGACUGCAGUUCCGCAAAAGUGGCAGUGCCGAACAUAGAAGGCGGGGGAAUCUCAGACCUGGCCACCGCUGGUGGUGGCCAAUAUGUGCUCGGAGACAGUCCUGACGAGUUUGCGCCACAGGGAGGCUACUACAACAUGUGCUGGUGUGCGAACAUGGCAGCACUGUCUUGCGAAGACUUGAACAGCAACUAUUUGAUAUCUGCUGGGCAACUUCAUGUCAUCGGUCCGAGUCAGAAUCUGUUGCAAUGCGUUCGUGGCCGGGACUGUGCCAAUUUGGCGCCUUUCGUCGGUUAUGGUCUGUCUGGCAGUGAUUCUGUGGUUGUUCAGCGUGACCAAUGUGGACUGACAGGGCUUGCGCUGUCUUCAGUGAAUCGUGAUGGUCAUGGCAAUCUGUCGGUUCCAGAAGCCGUUAACGCAAGCCACCUUGUGCUGGGCUUUGGCAUCUCGGAUGCUUCCAACAGCUAUCAUCUUUCCAUCGAUGCGGAUGAUACAGGGUAUGCCUUGUGCUGGUGUGCAAAUGAUCGCGGCUUGACGGAUGCCUGCACAAGCCCUGAAGACCAUCGAGUGUUCGCUGGCCGUCUUCGGGUGGUAGGUCCCCGCACAAACCAAGAGAGUGAAUGCUUCGUGGGACAGGAGUGUGCUGUUGCAGGCAUUCGGGGUGUUAGCAUGGAAGCAGGAGAUCGGCUGAUGAUUCUGUCCAAUUGUGGCACAGGAACGCCAUUGCCAGGUUUUCCGGGUGGUGGCAUCAUGGUAACCACCGAUGGCUCCAGUUUCGAAUUCAUGACCACGACCAGCAGCUUCCUCCUGUCAGUGCCGGGGAUUUUCCGAAUCUGCUUCUGCAGGCCGUCACCUGCUGAGGUGUGCACUGCCACUUCCAGCUUUCAGGCUGCUGUCGGGCUGAUGACAGCGAGUGGCCCGUUUGAGCAAACGACCACCUGUGAGAUGAGUGCCCUGUGCACGGUGCAGUUGUCCGGAAUCGGUCUGAUUGGCGGCGAUCGCCUGCUGUUUGCUAUGGGUGAGUGCGGUAAUUCCAGUAGCAUUGGAUCUCUUGGCUUUCCCAACAUGGAGGACCCCCUGAUUGUGGAGGACUCGAGCACGGGGUUGCAGGUAAACUUGGGGGAGCUACCCGCAGAAGCAGUACCCGGUUUCUACAGACUAUGCUGGUGCCCGCUGUCUGCAGACUGCACUUCGACAUUGGCAUUUCGAGCUCCUGCGGGCUAUCUGCAGGUGAACUGCCCAGCAGGCACCUUUGCAACAGGUUAUUAUUUUGUCGCCACCUCCAGCAGUUGCACAGACUGCCCCAAAGGCUCCUACAAGCAGAAUGCUGGCAAUGGGGACGCAUGCACGCCGUGUGCUGCUGGCAACACCACCUUCGGCACCGGAGCGGUAGCCCCAUCAUCAUGCAUACCUGAAGUGGAUGACUCCGGUGAUGGAUCAGGAAGCUCUGGGGCCACACAGCUGUCAAACUCGUCAGAAGUUCCAGCGGUAUCAUUCAACAUGUCCUUCGGAAACCUCCCGGCUGAUGCUGACCUCGAGAGCAUCAGGAACCAGCUGGUUGCAAUGUUUCUUGCCACCUUUUCCGCCAGUGCGAGAGUGGACCCCAGUGCGAUCGAAAUCGACUUCGUGGGUCUCGGUCUGGCUGGAAGACGGCUGAGACGGCUUUUCGAUGCAUCGACGAUCGUUAUUACAAUCAAACAGCGGACUGCGGACGAGGCGAGUGCGAUCGCCGCCGACAUGGAUGCUGUCACGGUCACGAACGAAGUCGCCGCUGCCGUUCAGCAGAAUCCGACUCUCAGUGGCGCAGGCAUAUCGUUGGAAGUCGAGUCGGCACCAGCGGUUUCUUCCACAGUCGUCAGCUGUUCGCCUCGGAUGUCAGUUCCGCCAGGCGUGCCCGUUCUCAGCGCGGAUGACUGCCAGUGCAGUCCUGGAUACAGCUACGACACUGUAGCUCAGGGCUGCGAACCAUGUGCUAGGGGCGAGUACAAGGAUGCCAUAUCCAUGGAUGCCUGCACGCGAUGUCCCUCCGAGAAAUCCACCCUAGAAGUUGGUGCCACGUCGCCGGAGCAGUGCAGAUGUGAGGCUGGGCUUUUUGCUGAUGGUUCAGGGUUUUGCUCUUCCUGUGAGAUUGGAUUCUAUUGUCCGGGCACUGGUGAAGCCGUCAGCUGUCCACAGAACUCAACGACGGUGGCGUUGGGUGGACGGACUGCAACAGACUGCAUUUGCCUGCCGGGCUAUAGGAAGGGCGCAACAAGCUGUCAGGCGUGCGAACCCGGCACUUACAAGCCCACCGUUGGGAAUGAUGCAACUUGCGCGUUGGAGUGUCCGGCCAAUUCCAUGAGUGAUUUUGCUUCCACUUCCCUGGCUGACUGCUUCUGCCUCCCUCGAUUCCACGCGAUCCUGGAUAACGCAUUUGACCAAGGGAGCCUGGCACGCUGUGCUGGCUGCAACUAUCAAGGCCUUGAGUGCCGUGGAGGCUUCGAAAACGAGACAAACGGCACCGAGCGUCGUCAUGCACAGCCGGUUGCAGAGCCUGGCUUCUACCAAGCGGGCUUAUCCACCGCGAGGGAGUGUGACGUUCUGUUGCCGGAUGGUAGCAGUGCGUGUAAGGGAGGAGCCAAUUGCGUUGCUCAGCGGAUGGACCUUCCCGUUCCGCAAUCAUGCAACGGGAUGUUGGGAAACGAAUGUGCCGAAGGAUCUACUGGAGUGUUGUGCGGCGAGUGCCCCGACCAUUGGGCCAGAGAUGAUUAUCCCGAACUUUGUCGCAAGUGUCCGCCCGAUUCUGCAGGAGACCUGUCUUUUGCUGUGCUGUCCGACAUCGGCCAGAAAGUGUUCUUGAACUUUGUUGUCGCGGCCAUGGCCGCCACAGCUGCAGUGAAGGGAAGCGCGAAGCUCCACACCAGCAUGAUUCGUCUUGGAACUCAGUGGAUGGCCGCUUGCUCUGUUCUGACGCAGUUCAACCUGGAGCGACUGCCUGGCUUCGAGUGGUCCCAACAAGAUGCAGAAAUGGCAAUGCUUGCAGCUUGUGCCGAGUCCAAUGCGACUUCCUGUGAAGCCGGUGCCCAGGCAGGCAGUGGUUGUAUUGAUUGA